UAUGAACACCAAUACAAACAAGACUCCUCGGAAACGUGCCGCUGUUUACAUGCAGGAGGUCGUCUCUUUGAAUGACCAAAGACAGAUUUACAGACUCUAAGUCACGGUGCACCAGAAUGGUUUCAGAGGUGAACUCGGCUGAAAGCUAACGUGAUGUCUCUGACUUCACUCCUGCGUGUGAGGCUCAGCAGCAGAUGCAGCACAAAUCAGAUACUUCAUAUAAGAGCUCUGUCAGGAGCCGAUGCUGUUAAUGCGCUCCGGCCCUUUUAUUUUGCGGUCCACCCUGACUUCUUUGGCCAGCAUCCAAGAGAAAGGGAAGUGAAUGAAAACUCUCUCAAAAGAUUGAAUGGCUAUUUGGAGAGUCUUCAGAAGCCAGGCUUUAGGUCUGUGAAGCCUACGAAACUCACUUUUUACCUCAGGGACAUAAGGGAAAAAACCGAGGACAACAAUGAUGUGCUGCAUUCUGGUUUCCAUUUGGUGACUUUCACUCUGCAAGCGAAGGAUGUCCUGUGUGCAGUGGUGGAUGUUUUGAAGUUCUGUAGCUUGUCAGUGGAACACAUGCAGGAACUUCUCACAGCCCGAGCCCAAAGCCAGAAUGCAGCACAACAAGGUGGAAUUCCUUUCUAUCGCCCGAUUAAAUGGGACAAGACAUACUACACGUUCACAGGCUUCAGAGACCCAGAGCAGGAGCUGGAGCAGGCAAAGAAAAUGGAAACCACACUCAGUCAGUGGCUGAGAAACAAUGAACCAGAGGCCACCAAGAAGCAAAAGGCCAGCGUUCCACGACGAGCCGAGCUGAAGAGACUGAAGAGAGAGCUUGUUGAGAAACUGGGCCUACUUGAUAUCAGGUGGCAGCGCAAGUGGGGAGUUGCACACAGAUGCUGUCAGAUGCAGAGUUUGAGCCGCCUCUCUUCACAGAACCCAGAGGCCAUGCCUAAUCUCAGAGGGCACACAAUAGUCUUUACUGACCAAUCAGGAAUGAAUGCCUCAGGCCAUGUGAUGCUGGGAACAAUGGAUGUGCAUCAUCAGUGGACAGAGCUCUUUGAGAGGUUGCCUAGUUACAGCAGACUGUUGCAGCAGACAGAGUGGCUAAAGGACAGGAUCAGUUUCCUGUUAGGUGGGAUCCAGGUGAUUCAUAUGGAGCGUGUGGGUCUGGUGUUACCUCUGGAAGACCACUUUAGCACCCUGAACACCUUCCACAAGAGACUGCUGCCUCACAGACUCGCCCUGCACCCGCGCAGCCUACAGGGACUCGCCAUGAUCCUAGAAAAUGACCGUUCUAGUGCUAGUCUUCAUGAGACGGGCCACUUCAUCAUCCCCACUAUGAGUGACCCUGUUCAUCUACAGAACUUCCUUCAGAGCCAUGCCCAGGAGGCUCGCAGACGUCUGCAGCGCAAGGAGCAGUUAGAGGCUGAGGAGGAGGAUGUGGUGUCCGUUUGUGUGCAGGGUCUGUCUCUGCGGAGUCUGUCCAAAGAGCCCAGUGUCUCCAGCAGUCAGAUGAUCCCCUGCUGCAGGCGUUUGCUUGAGGAGAGGUCUCCUUAUAUGCAGGGCCUGCAUCUCUGCAUCUCGCACUUUUAUUCUGUUAUGCAGGAUGGUGAUCUUUGUAUACCUUGGGAUUGGAAGGGCUGACACUUUCAAAGGUAUUCAAAUAUAAGCACUGUGUGUUCUUGUGUCAUGUAGGUGCGCAGGCUUGUGGUGAAGGUGUGGUGUGGUAUGUAGAAUGUUAUUGAAUGCACUUUGGUUUUAUGAUUCAAGCAGAUGGGUGGUCUGCUUGUAAAGCCAAGAGAAAUUGUGACGGGAGGUUGUGUUGAUUGUCUCAGUAUAUCGGUUAUGUACUCUCAAUGUGAGCACCUAUGGAGUAGUUUCAGUUUCAAUUUCAGUUUCUUGCGUUUGAUGGCCAUACGCCAAAAGGUACAAUCAGGGUACUUUCAGAGUGUCAGAGUGAACAUUUCAGUGGAAAUGUAGGAUUUGAAGGCAACCAUGACAAACCAUGUUAAUUGGUUUAUUAUUACUGUGUUUGUCUCCAUAUAAUUCUUGGACUUGAUGUCCAUUACCACUGGUUUCAUCUUUUAAAAGGUGUCUGAAACUGUUAGUGUUGAAUUUCUUUUUUGUUGAGUACUCUGUUUAACUCUGUAUAACUCAAGAAGUGACUGCCAUUAGAGUACAGAAUAUAUUUUGCAGUAUUAGCAAUGUGCACUGCCUGAAAGAAUUACAAUCUAUGUAAUGCACAUGAUGUCCAGUAGAUGGAGCUCCUCUAGUGUUAAUGAACUCCUCUGAACAUGCAGGGGGGAAAAAAAGCAUCCAUUCCACUACACUAUCAAUAAUUUGUCCUCAAAACUUAAUCUUACAUUUCAUGUAACAUACUACAACAGUGAAUUCAAAUUUUAAAUGGUUAUUACUGUGUUAAAUAUCUGUCUACAAGAUUAAAAUCACAGACAUGCUUUUUAAAGUCUUUCAAAAAUGGUUUCUGUGCUGAACCCUGCUCUUAAAUCUCUCGUGCUAAAUUCAAAAGCUAUCUCAGGAGCAUGGUUGUGAUUUGGCACUUAUCUAUAAAUGUUAAAUUUAUUCUGUUUAUAUGUCUUUAGGUCUUUAUGUCUAUUUUAAUGUCUCCUAGUUAAAAAUGCACAUACACUAUGUGGACACCUGACCUUCACAGCCAUAUCUGGGUCUUCCCCAAACUGUUGUCACAAAUGUUAAAUGCAUAACUGGUUUAGAUUGUUCCAUCUUCACUGAAACUAAAUGGUGCAAACGUGUUUCAUUAUGACAAUGUCCUUGUGUGCAAAUCAAGGUUCGCAAAGACAUGGAUUGUUAAAGCAUAUAUGGAAGAACUUGAGUGGUCUGAGCUCAAUCCCAUUGAACACCUUUUGGAUAAACUGGAAUGCAGACUGAAUGCCAGGUUUCCUUGCCUGACAUCUUCAAUGCUCUUGUGGCUGUAUGGGCAAAUCACCACAGCCACGCUCCAUGCAUCUGAAAUGGGAGGUUCAAAAAGUACAUAAGAGUGUGAUUGGUCAGGUGUACACAUACGCGCGCGUGCGCACAAAGUCACAGUGCUAUGCUUUAAAUGACUGCAGUUUAUUUAUUUUGUUCAUUCUGUAUGCAGGUUCUCCCAUGUGUACAGAUUAUCCUGAUUUGUCUUUAUACUGUAUAUUAUGAUGUGUGGUGGCAUUAAAAAACAUUGGAUAUCUGAUUAGGGAGAUAUAUGUGUUUGUGUAAAGCAAAUGUAUUGUUUUCUACAAGUGUCUAAAACUUUAAUAAAACUGAUCUCUAUUACUGCCUUAUUUUUUUUUCCUUUUUAAAAUGUAUUAUAUUGUUCUUGAGACAAACUGCUCAAUUUAAAUUAUGCUUAUGGAAGGAUCAUGUAACAUUUUGGUGAACGUCAAGACUUGAGUUUAUGUAUUGUUAAUAAAUAUAU